GUGAACGGGAAAAGGUCAUGCUGUUUCGGCAGAAUGUGGUUGUGCGGCUCUGGCCCCGUGUGGCUACAGUAUCUGCAGCCGUGAGGACCCUCACCUCCAGAAUAACAGUCAGAGAUGCAGUUGCAGCCACGUCAACGAGAGAGGACGUGUCGGUGCUGGGUUGGGUGAAGAAUAUGAGGAAGCAGAAGGAGCUUGUCUUCAUUGAUCUCAAUGACGGCUCCACAGCGGCAAGAUUGCAAGUUGUUGCUCCUUCUAACCUUCUUAGAGGGGUUCAUCUAAACGUUGGCUGUUCAGUUGUGGCGAAGGGAAAGAUUGUGCCGGUAUCUCUAGCCUCCCAGGAUGUGGAGCUCGCCGCUUCUCAGGUUCAGCUACUAGGAACAUGUGACCCAAAGAAGUACCCGUUCAAACGGGGUAAGAUCCACGGAGUGGAGUACCUCAGACAGUUCCCCCACCUCCGACCCCAGACCGGGGUAUUCUCCAGAGUACUCCGACUCCGGAGUGCUGCCACAAUGGCCGUCCACCGUUUCUUCCAGGACCGGGGUUUCAUCAACUUCCACACCCCCAUCAUUAGCUCCAGCGAUUGCGAGGGAGCUGGAGAGUUAUUCGAGAUCAGACCUUCCCAAGCAGCGGAGGAUGAAAAGAGGUUCUUUUCUACUGAUGCCUUUCUCACGGUGUCAGGCCAGCUCCAUGCAGAGGCCGUAACUAGUGGGAUGAGCGCGGUCUACACUUUUGGACCCACAUUUCGUGCGGAGAAAUCGCACACAAAGAGACAUCUCUCAGAGUUCUACAUGGUCGAGGCAGAAACAGUGCUCCACGGCUCAGGUUUGUCCGAGCUACUGUGUUUGGUCGAGGAUCUCUACAAGCACACGUUGGAGGUAUUACUCAAAGAUAAUUAUGACGAUAUCAACUAUUUCCACGAGACUAUCUGCUCUGAUGAAGCUAAGUUAGAUUUCGAUACUGAAUUCCAUCGAGAGACCAUUUGCCAGGAUGACUUAUUCUGAGGCAAUGGAUGAGCUUGAGAACGCAGCAAGCAAAAACUCUUUCCAUACCCAACCACAGUGGGGAGAUGACCUGCAGAGAGAUCACGAGCUGCACCUGCUGUCUGUGACUGGACAACUGCCUGUCUUUAUCACUGACUUCCCGGCGGCCAUUAAACCAUUCUACGCCAGAACUCUGGACUCUGAUACUAACAUUGUGUCAUCGGUGGAUCUCCUGGUACCAGGAGUGGGCGAGGUGGUGGGAGGGAGUGUCAGAGAGGAGAGAGAGACUGUGCUCAGGGACAGACUCACCAGGUACUAGAAGUAGCCACUGAACUCCACUGUAUAAUGUGCAGCCUAUGUGCUGAUCUACUUGUUUUUUCAUCCCUCCAUUUUUUCUACUGAAGGCUAGGGUUGUUGGAGAAGUAUCAGUGGUAUCUGGACCUGAGGCGGUUUGGAACCGUGCCACACGGAGGGUUUGGACUCGGGUUCGAGCGUCUUCUCCAGGCCUUCCUCGGAGUGGCCGACAUUCGCGAUGUCAUCCCAUUUCCCCGCUAUCUCGGCUCUUGCCAGAUGUAGUAAACUGUAUAGUAGUUAUAAUACCCACACAUUGCAUAUCCCACGUCAUUACUAUUCGAUGUUCAGCACAACUUGUCGGUCUUAAUACAAGCACGUCCUUACAAAAAUUUUGUCAAUUCUAUAUACAAAAUUUAUUGGAGAUUCAAAAAUCCAUGAUUGGUGUAUAUACACUUAAUUAACCUGUUGAUGGUUUUAAAAAAUCUCUAAGUCUUGGCUGUUUCCCGCUCCCCCAGCGCCUCGUCCCACUGGACGCACUGAGCACUCAGCUGCAACAUUACUCUACGGUAGCCGUCCAUUAGAGUGUGGGUCUGUUGAGUCAGCUCCGCGACUCUGGCCUCCUGCUCCAGGUGAGUGGCUGAGACUGUCGCCAGCUUCUUCUCGUGUGUCUCCAGACCUUGGCACUCGGUGGAGUUGAUGUAGUCUUUCAGUUGGUGGACCUCUUCCAUUCUGUCAGUGAACUUUCUAAGUUGCUCCACCUCUCCACACAGCAGCUCGACCUUGGCACCUUCAGUCAUCUUGAGACUCUGAACGUAGUCCGGCGAUACGAGGCUCUCCAACCGACCAAUCUUCGCCCCACAGGCCCUGCACCUCUUCUCCCUUCUCGCGACCAGCGAGUGUGUCCAGUUUCCGCCCCAGCUCCCUCACGGCGGUGGUCAGCGGUAUCACGGGGAGAGCGCCAUCCUGGGAAAGAAGCUUCUUUUCCAGAGCGUCCACACGCCUCGUCAAAGCCUCCACGUAAUCCUCUGUCAAGACAGGAGCCGCCAUCUUUCUCUAGCU